AUGGCUCAAGCACCACCCACACCUCCUCCGAUGAGCGCAACAGAGCUUCGUGACGAAGCUCGAGAUUCCAUAAUUGCUUCCUCGACGGGAUCCUCUGAUCCCACCACAUCACCUAAUAGCUCAGGCAGCCUGGAACCUUCCCCACAACUCUCCGCUGUCCAAGAUAUAUACCAGCAAGUUUUUCCCCAGUUAUCUGAUCUGGCCGAGCAAAGGAACUUCAUUGGCAUCACUAAUAUCGCUGAACAUCAUGACUUGAAUGGUUCAAAUGACAAAAGUCACUCCAGACUGCUUUUGAUUGCCCCCUUGGUCCUGGCUUAUAUGGUGCUGGAUGACUUAACACCUGCUCAACAUGCCCUUGCACGGUUACCUGAAAAUGUGUCCUCGCAUCCCCUGUCACAUGCACUCGCAGCACUCUUAGCAUCCGCUUUGGAACGAAAGUAUGAAAAUACUUACGCCCGGGCUCAAGAGCUGUUCAAGAUGUCGCAGCAAAGUGACUUCCCAGAUCCAAGGCUGGGAAAAACUGUUGGUCUGCUGGUUAAUGACUUCCUUGAUGCCUUCCGCAAGAACACCUUCACGCUUGUUUCGCGAGCAUUCGCGUGUCUCCAUGUUACGGAAGCUCAGAAAUUACUUGGACUAGGACAAAAGGAGGUACUUGCCAGUAAGCUCAAUGGGCAACUGCAUACUAUUCUUGCUGAACUGCCGUCCUUUUCUGAAGUUGCAAACAACAACCACUGGCAAUUCGACGCCACCAGUGGUAUAUUGCGACCCUCUAAUGCUUCUCUUCCUCCUCUCGUUGCUACGAAGCCUGUACUACCGUCCUCGGUGAUGACGUUCGAUCUCGUUGUGAACAGUGUUACAACCUCAGAAGUACGUUGA